GAUGCUCCAAUUUCUGCACCGCGUAAACAUACCGUAAUUCAUUAAUUCAUCAGCCCCUGUAUACAGCAUCGGCUAAAAAUGACGACACGUUUGGACCGUUUGGUCCUUCUUCUGGAUACAGGAUCUACACCCGCUGUGCGUGCAACGGCUGCUCAACAGCUGGGAGAGAUUCAAAGGCAGCAUCCCGGAGAGCUACAUAACUUGUUAUCGAGGGUUAUUGUGCAUUUGAGCAAUAAAGAAUGGGAUACCCGAAUUGCCGCUGGACAAGCGAUCGAGGCCAUUGCUAAAAAUGUGCCCCAAUGGGAUCCUCCCGAAAUUAUCAAAUUAGAAAACGAACAGUGUUCUGUAAAUGAAACAAAUGAUAAUAAAUAUUCGUUUGAAACGUUUGAUAUUGCAAGUGUAUUGCAGAAAGGUAAAACUUUGUUGGGCUCAGCUGGCAAGGAAUAUGAUCUUGAUUUGAGCGAUCUAGAUCCGGCACAACGGCUAGCACUUCAACAUAAAAACCUUAAGGAAAGAUUAGGGUUAGGUAGCGAAUUUAUGGAUGUUGAUUUGUUGGAUGAUGUGGAUAUAAGUGGAACUUCAGCGCCACAAACUAUACAAACACAAAAGACAGAGUUUAUUGCACAACAACUACCUUCGCAGCCUCGUUCUCCUGGGUUGCCCCCCGAAGAAUUGGCUGGGUUAAGUGCACGAGAAAGGAAUAAAUUGAAAAGGAAAGCAAAAAGUGACGCAAAAAACAAAGGAAAAGAAAAGAUGCGUGUAGUCGAAAUGAGUGGAAGGAAAACAGGUGCUGAAACCACAGCACCACUUGCAGCCCCUGUUUCGCCAUCUACUGUAAAAGUUGAACCUGAUGUACCUGAUUCAGCACAAAACGAUGGUUAUUUUAAUUUUACACCGCAACCUUGUUCUAGCAAGAUUGUGGUUGAGGCUAAGAAAGACAAUUCUACUAAUGUAUCAGAUGAACAAUCUAAUGAAUGGCCAUUUGAGAAAGUGUGUGAAUCACUAUGUGUGUCUUUAUUUAAUUCGUGUUGGGAAGUUAGACACGGUGCAUGUAUUGGGCUGAGGGAAAUAUUAAAAGUACACGGAAGUGGUGCGGGGAAAGUUGUGGGAUUAACCAAGGCAGAAAACGAAGCACGUCAUAAUAAAUGGUUAGACGAUAUAGCAAUUCGGUUGCUUUGUGUUUUUGCACUAGAUAGGUUUGGAGAUUUUGUAUCAGAUCAGGUUGUUGCACCCGUACGUGAAACGUGCUCACAGACUAUGGGUGCCCUUUUACGUUAUAUGUCUCCUGAGGGUGUUGAAAAUGUACAUAAAGUAUUAUUGAGAAUGAUUUAUCAAACAGAUUUAAUUAAUAGUUCAACAUCAAUAUGGGAAGUUCGACAUGCUGGAAUGUUGGGCUUGAAAUAUGCUGUUGCUGUCCGUAAGGACUUAGUGAAUAUGUUGUUGGAUGGUACUGUCGGCGCUGUUAUAUUGGGAUUAAAAGAUAGUGACGAUGAUGUUCGUGCAGUAGCCGCGUCAAUCUUAAUUCCAAUUGCAGAUUCCUUCGUUAGUUAUUCAUCUAAUAAGAUACCUGAAAUUGUUUCAGUUUUGUGGGAUUGUCUAAAGGAUCUGAAGGAUGAUUUAACUGCGUCCACAGCAAGUGUGAUGGAUUUCUUAGCCAAAUUAUUUUCAUUCCCAAGUGUCCUGGAAUAUAUGCGUAUUGCUGCUGCAUCAGAUCCAAGUCAUUCUUUAACAACGUUAAUACCAAGAUUAUAUCCGUUUUUUCGGCAUACUAUUACUUCUGUACGUUCAGCGGUUCUUAAUACACUUUUAACUUUUUUGGGUAUGAAUGAUGUAGAAGAAUGGGUUGACCAUCGUACUUUCAGGCUUGUGCUUCAAAAUAUGAUAGUCGAAGAAAAAAAGGAAGUUCUUGAUUUAUCCGUCAAAGUUUGGUCCGCAUUAGUAUCUCAUUCGGCAUUACCUUAUCAAAAUAAACUUUUCCAAUUCACAUCACAACAUAUUUCUACUUGGUUCAUGAUUGUAAUGACACCGCUAGGCACUCCAAUUGAUCGUCGGUUAUUUUUUGUACCCGAAGGAACAAUCCCAAUGGAUAUAGUUCCUACGUCAGCACCUUCUGCUACCUCAUCAGUUUCACGUCGACGAGGACAGAGCCGUAACCAAACAAGUAAUGGGAAUAUGGAUGAGUCAAUUGGUCAUAAUAUUGAUGCUGGAAUGUUACAACAGGAUUUUGCUCUAGUUAGUGUAGAUAUAGUGUUAAGGGGAAGAGUCUCCGCUUCCAAGGGGUUGGGUAUGCUUAUGAGUAGAUGGCCAAAUGAAUCAUUGGAAGCAACGUUUAAGGAAAUACUUGUGUCUUGCCUUUCAUCUUCAUGGGCCUCAAAUAAGCAACUUGCGGCUGUCAUCAUUGAAGAAUGGUCAAGAUCAGUUUUAGACAAUAGUGGUCCAGACUACCAAAAUCCUUUGAUUGAAUCUUUACCUUUCGCAUCGAAUAUUUCUGAAUUUAUGGUUCAAAUGCUCGAGUCUGAGCCGCCAAGUUUCUAUUCGGAGCUCGUUACUAUACUACGUCGUAUCAGGGGCGAAUGCCAAGCAAUGUUGAAUACUUUUGUUUCUGUAGGCAGAAUUAAUUCUGCUAAUAUACCUGUUUUACCUAUGCACGCUCUUGGUGAAGUACAAGCAGAUCCUUCAACAUUAUUUAGUGUUGAAAUAGCGGCAGAUCUUGCAACAACAACAUUCGACAAUUUAUCUGCUCAGGUUUCUGGAAGGAGUAGAAGAUCUGCACAAGUCCAACCAGAAGAACGACAUUUGCAACUACAGGAUCGUAAGCGUCGUGUGUUGGCUUCAAUUGGUUAUUAUGAGUCAACAAAACAAAAAAAUGAUAUAGUAGUAUUUGCGGCUAUAGCAGGAGCUGUUGUUGCAUUACGAGCUUUACCGCCGAAAUUGAAUCCGAUAAUCAGAUCUAUCAUGAAUUCUAUUAAGUCGGAGGAAAAUAUAGGUUUACAACAACGUUCUGCAGCUACUUUAGCCAGUCUUGUUUCUCUUUGUUCAGUGGCAGAUAAUUCAGUUAGAGUUAAUCCUAAUGAAAAAAUUGUUAAGAAUUUGUGUACUUUCCUCUGUUCUGAUCCAACUACAACUCCUGAUAUACAGAACAAUCACAAGAAGGAAGGUAUUCUAUCAUUACAUAAAGCUAAAGAACCAGACAAAACUUCAUCUAAUGGCGAUGCCUCAAGUGAUGAUGAGAGACUCAGAUCACAAAAAUUAAUAAGGCGUGGUGCUGAAACAGCUUUGAGAGAAUUCGCUACACAAUUUGGCCCAAAAUUAUUUGAAGUAGUACCAAAAUUAUGGACCUGUAUGCGUUCAUCACUUGAUAACGUAUUUAGCCAUGACGACAGAGAUAAAGUAGAUGGGAUACUUGAUACUGAUAACCAUAUAGGGCAAGAUGUUAUUGAUUCUCUUCAAAUAAUCCAAUCGUUAGUGCCCGUAAUUCAUAAAUCUUUAUAUUCACAGAUUACGGAGCUGCUACCUCAUAUUGUAAAAGCUAUUCAGUGUCAAUAUUCUGUAAUUCGAUUCAUGGCAGCAAGAUGUUUUUCUACCAUUGCAAGCGUCAUUACAAUAUCAAGCAUGCAAAUCAUAAUUAAUCAAGUAAUACCAUUAUUGGGUGAUUCACGGAAUGUAAUACAUCGCCAGGGAGCUGCUGAGUUAAUUUACCAUGUUGUACAAACUAUGGAUGCAAAGAUUCUGCCUUAUGUUAUUUUUUUAAUUGUCCCAAUAUUGGGUAGAAUGAGUGAUGUAGACGAAAAUGUUCGAUUAGUGAGCACGAACUGUUUUGCCAUGUUAAUCAAGCUGGUGCCCUUAGAGGCCGGUAUACCUGAUCCGCCUGGUCUAUCAACCGAAUUAUUAAAGCAUCGUGACGAUGAACGCAAAUUCCUUUCACAACUUCUUGAUAGUAAUAAAUUGGAUCCUUAUGAGAUUCCAAUAACAAUCAAGGCUGAAUUAAGAAAAUAUCAACAAGAGGGUGUUAAUUGGUUGGCUUUCUUGAACAAAUAUCAAUUGCAUGGCAUAUUAUGUGAUGAUAUGGGUCUUGGCAAAACUCUUCAAUCAAUAUGUAUUUUGGCAAGUGACCAAUACACUCGUGCCAAAAAAUAUAGCCAAACAAUGUCACCAGACUGUGCCCCAUGUCCAUCUUUAGUAGUUUGCCCCCCUACCUUAACAGGACAUUGGUAUCAUGAAAUAUUAAAUUAUACGGAUACGCUGAAGCCAAUUCUGUAUUCUGGUAAUCCGAAAGACCGAGACAGACUUCGACCAAAAAUAAAGCAAUACGAUGUUGUUAUUAUGUCAUAUGAUAUAGUACGUAAUGAUAUAGACGAUUUAGCCAAUAUUAAUUGGAAUUAUUGUAUCCUAGAUGAAGGUCACGUUAUAAAGAAUGGCAAAACAAAAAUUACAAAAGCAGUAAAAUCUGUAAAGGCAAAUCAUCGGCUAAUAUUAUCUGGUACACCAAUACAGAAUAAUGUGCUAGAACUAUGGUCACUUUUCGAUUUCUUAAUGCCUGGAUUUUUAGGCACAGAGAAGCAAUUUAAUGAACGUUUUGGUAAACCUAUAUUAUCAAGUAGAGAUAGUAAGAGUUCUUCCAAAGAACAGGAAGCCGGUGCUUUGGCGCUUGAGGCCUUACAUAAGCAGGUGCUACCGUUCCUACUGAGACGCUUAAAAGAGGAUGUUUUGAAUGACUUACCUCCGAAAAUUAUACAAGAUUAUUAUUGUGAGCUUAGUGAUAUACAGAAACAACUUUAUGAACAAUUUGCUAAAUCACAAACUAAAAACACUGUUGAAAAUGAUCUCGAUCCGGAAUAUAUUGAAGAAGAGAAUGAGAAGAAAGCCACACAUAUAUUCCAAGCAUUACAAUAUUUGCGCAAAUUGUGCAACCAUCCUUUACUAGUUGUAAAUGAUAAACACCCACAAUAUCGCGUAGUCAUGGAUAAACUUAGAUCUAGCAAGUCUUCAUUGCAUGAUUUGGAAAAUGCUCCGAAAUUGCUUGCUUUGAAACAAUUACUACUUGAUUGCGGUAUAGGAGUAACUACAGAAUCUGAAGAAGGUACCUUAGGUGCUGGUGCUGUUAGUCAACAUCGAGCACUUAUCUUCUGUCAGCUCAAGACUAUGCUUGACAUCAUUGAAAAUGAUUUGUUCAAGCCUUUAAUGCCUUCAGUCACGUAUAUGCGACUCGAUGGCUCGGUAGAUGCCAACAAACGUCAUGGCAUAGUACAGCAGUUUAAUAAGGAUCCAUCAAUUGACGUGUUGUUGCUUACAACUCAUGUUGGGGGGCUUGGGCUCAACUUAACGGGAGCUGACACUGUGAUAUUUGUCGAACAUGAUUGGAAUCCAAUGAAGGAUUUGCAAGCUAUGGAUCGUGCUCAUCGUAUUGGACAAAAGAAAGUUGUUAAUGUAUAUCGUUUAAUUACUAGAGGAACCUUGGAAGAAAAGAUUAUGGGAUUACAAAAGUUCAAACUUAAUAUCGCUAAUUCUAUUGUUAAUCAACAAAAUUCUGGAUUGCAAAGUAUGGACACUGAACAAAUACUUGAUCUGUUUAAUGUUACGGAUAAUCAGAGAGGGGGAAAUGUAUCUUCUACAGGUGGUUCAGGAUCUAGUUUUGGUUCAAAAGGAAAGAAAGUAUCAGCUACAAAGAAUGUUUUGGAGGGGUUAGAAAAUUUAUGGGAUGAUACACAGUAUGAAGACCUUAAUUUAGAUAACUUUAUUGAAUCUCUUAAUUCGGGAAAUUGAUUGCGGUUUAAUAGAUUAUUAUAUCAGAUAGAUACUAAUUAGAAUUUUAAUGAUAAAUAUCGUUUAUUGCGUUUAGCGAAAUGCCAAUGUCAAAAGUAAAUUAUUGUUUGAUCUUUGCAAAUUAAUAGAUAUAAUAAUAAAAUAUCGAUAUUACAUCCAUUUAUCAUUUAUUUGAAAUCCAAGUAGUUAUUUAU